CGCGCAAGCUACCGCCGAGCUCUGGUGCGCAGGCGCAAGCGGCCGCCGCCAAGUCCUCUUGCGCAGGCGCGCUGCUCGCUUCUACAAGGCAGACGCUCCCGAGGCAAAAGAUUAAUUUGUUGGGGGCGGCGGCGACGGGGAGCGGCCGUCAAAAGACGGCACAGACGCCGCCUCUGCACACCUGUUGGCUCUCUCAGCUUUACCUGUACUCGAAGUCACCCUUGAUCACUCCGGGAGCGGUCCGUGGAGCUGAGGAAGGCCGAGGCGAAUUGGCGCCAGCGCGCCUGCGCGCGUACGGUGGCCGGAAGGGACCAGAGGUGGCUCUGCCGGGUGACAGUCGCGAGCCCCACCCUUUCCCCACGUGGCUGCGAAGACCGGGCUCCAUGCCCAGCGUGUAGCCCAGUGUGGGACUUGAACUCACGACCCUGACAUCAAGACCUGAACUGAGAUCAAGAGUUGGACACUUAAUCGACUGAGCCACCCAGGCACCCCUAUUUUUUGGAUUUUUUAAUUUUGGGAGUGUCUAUCAGGCGGGCACCUGCCACUCCAUGCACAGGAGUGGCCUCCUGAAGAUGGCCUCCAAGCGCAUCACCCAGGAGACCUUCGAUGCAGCCGUUCGUGAAAACAUUGAAGAGUUCGACAUGGGACCAGAGGAGGCGGUAAAAGAAGCUGUGGAACAAUUUGAAUCGCAAGGGGUGGAUCUGAGCAACAUUGUAAAGCUGGCACCCAAAGUCUCUGCAGAUGGACCCCAGGAGCCUACACAUGACAUCCUCCAGGCCCUGGAUGACCUGCAGGAGUCCGUGGCCCACUCUCGCCCCCAGGAAGUGUCAGCGCAUCUUGCCCGCUUUUUUGAGCAGUGCAAGCAGCACAAACCUUGCCGCUUCCUGGCAGCCCAGAAAGGGGCCUACCCCAUCCUUCUCGCUGCCUGGAAGCUUGCUGUAGUGAGUGACCAGGGCCUCCUGCUCCAGGCCCUCAAUGCCGUGUCGGCCCUGACCGAAGGCCAGCCCGAUCUCCUAGACACCCAGGGCUUGCAGUUGCUGGUGACCACACUGGCCCAGAAUGCCGAUGCAGCCGAUCUGACCUGUUCUGGGAUCCGCUGUGUGUGCCAUGCCUGCCUGAAGCACGAGCAGAAUCGGCAGAGCCUGGUGAAGGCCGGUGUGCUGCCCCUGCUGACCGGUGCUAUCACCCGGCAUGGUCACUGCGCCGAUGUGGUCAAGGAGGCCUGCUGGGCCCUCCGGGUCAUGACCUUCGAUGAUGACAUCCGUGUGCCCUUUGGCCGUGCCCACGACCAUGCCAAGAUGAUUGUGCAGGAGAAUGGAGGCUUGAAGGUGCUCAUUGAGGCCGCCAAAGCAUUCUCUGACAACCCCAGUGUCCUGAGUGAGCUCUGCAGCACCCUAUCCCGCCUGGCUGUCCGCAACGAAUUCUGCCAGGAGGUCGUCGACCUUGGGGGCCUCGGUGUCCUGGUGGCCCUACUGGCCAACUGCAGCGACCACCAGGACCUUGUGAAGCAAGUGUUGAGUGCCCUGAGGGCCAUCGCAGGCAAUGAUGAUGUGAAGGAUGCCAUUGUUCGAGCUGGUGGGACAGAGUCCAUCGUGGCUGCCAUGACCCAGCACCUGGCCAGCCCCCAGGUGUGCGAGCAGAGCUGUGCAGCCCUGUGUGUCCUGGCCCUGCGAAAGCCAGAGAACAGCCGGGUCAUCAUGGAGGGUGGCGGGGCCCUGGCUGCAUUGCAGGCCAUGAAGGCACACCCGCAAGAGGCCGGAGUGCAGAAACAGGCCUGCAUGCUGAUCCGUAACCUGGUGGCUCGAAGCCAGGCCUUUUCACAGCCCAUCCUGGACCUGGGGGCUGAAGCACUCAUCUUGCAGGCCCGUGCUGCCCACCGUGACUGUGAGGACGUGGCCAAAGCUGCCUUGCGGGACCUUGGCUGCCGCGUUGAGCUCCGGGAGCUGUGGACUGGCCAAAAGGGCAACCUGGCGCCAUGACCCCAGGCUCAGUCUGGGCCGUGGCUCUGGAUGAGUCAUAUGACUCAGGAAUAGGGAGGAGGUCUGUGUCCUGCCACUCUACUCCCCGGAUUCCUCCCCCACUCAGCAAGAGGUGUUUUCUGAUGGGAUCAGGUACCAGGCACCGGGCUAGGGUGUGAAGGGAGCAUUGGUGAAGCAUCUACACAGCAGAAAGCAGCUCCUGGGACCUGGUCUCUGUUCACCUCGUUCCCCUCACCAGCCAACAGCAUUGGUGUUACUCAUCCUGCCCUCUCACCCCCACCCCAUGCCCCUUCCUACCAGAAUGGCCUCCUUAGCAUUGCCCAGGGGUGAUGUGCUGAUUGAAAGAUUGAAAUUUAGAAGCCUGCCGGCCAAUCUGAUAGCAGGGUGGGGCCCUGCUUCAGCUCCUACAAGUCUGUUUUCUCCCCUGCUGGUCUCUCACUUGUAAUAUGGGUUGCAGGUGCCUUGCUCUGCGGGACAGAGGGCGAGGACCAAGCUCUUCUGCCUCCAGGGGUCCCAGACCAGUCAGUACUGCCCGGUAAUAAAAGAUUGUUAGCUGAACAAUGGA